AUGUAUCGAUCUGACGUCGUGUCCAAAAGUAAGGCAGCAGACGAUGGAGACAGAGAGAGUGUUGCCACUUUCUCGUCAACAAACCGCUUCGAAUAUCGAUGUAGGCACGUCCAAGGCGGUAACAAACCGCCGGCGCGUCAGGAUCUAAAGUAUAGUCCAAGAGGUGCAAGUCUAACAGGUGCAAGUCAAAAGUGUGCAAAUCAAAAAGGAUUUUCCACCUGUAAUCGCGGAGAAUGCAGAGCUCCGAAAAGACCUGAGGACAUCUACGCAACUACGUUUGGAACUCGUUGCCGAUCGUGCAGUGAGGAUAAGGGGAUCACAAUCGUGAACGUCUAUUCGCGUGCCCAAUCGGCUGAUUCACAUCGUGGAAGAGCAGGUUUCGGAGGAGAUUUCAAAUGUGAGAAUGAAGGUUGUCGGAGACAGGGCUUACUUUCAACAUGUGGUAGUACUGACGAAGAGCGACUUCAGAGAGCAGGAGAAGCAUCGUCACCACCGUUGCCGUAUUGGCAUAUAGCUGCUGCUGCCGCUAGGAACGUACAGGAAGUUAAGUACAAUAAACAACGUGCAACCGAAGCAUGGGACAAAUUCUUUCGCUCUGCUGGCCCGCAACGAGAUGUCCGAUCAAGGUACACAAAAGAUGUGAAGAAGACAAAGUGUGGAAACAGUGAACGAGAUUUAGCAACCGCUCGGGAUCCACGAAAAAGUGAAAAAGAUUUAGCAACCGCUCGAGAUCCACGAAUGGAUGGAACACCGUGUCGAAGUGAUCGAAAAGUGAUUGGCGCCCCAGCGGUGCAAACUCCAUUACCAUCCACUGCUACUAGUGGACCCAGCGCUGCACAGGAUCGACGUCAACCACGGCGAUACAGUAUGGGAGAUGAAUGUUACGGGAAUAUUCGAGAAGCGAUGUGUUGUCCGUACAAAGGUGGUGGAGCUAUGAAUAAGGCGGACGGUCAGUCAGGAACGAUGUGUGAAAUAAAACUUCCACGCAGCGGUGGUGAUAGAGCUGUGGAUAUGCCGUCAUAUAAUAGAUCAAGCAGGAAAAGAAAUCAGAGUGCUCCUGCGAAAAUUUGUCGUCCAUUUUACGGAUCGACAGAGCUGGAGAAGUGUUCAUUAAACGCUAUUAACCAUCUACUAAAAGCGGAAAAAGAGCUUCGUAAAGUGCAAUUUACGGCUGGAGCUGUGAUCCCGAAAGCGCAAGAAUAUGUGGAACAAGUUUCUACAAUCCAUACCGACCUUAAGCAAAUCAAUACAAUAUUUCGGGAUUUGCAGAAGCAGACAAAUGAGGUGCUCGAGCGAAAAGGAGCUCGAUACUUCCAUUUCAUGAUCCAAGGUUCGCCAACAAAAUAUAAGGCGACCGCUGCACAACCACCGCCGCACUGA